UCUCCGUGCCCUCAGGUUGUUUGUCAGUCUGAAAACCUGUGAUGAGAGUUUUAACAAUGGCGUGGUCGUGGCGGGGGGCUGCUGCUCUUGCCCCGAGUCCAGAAUCAGAAAACCACCUGUAAACAUCGAGUUGGAGCUUAUCGGCGAUUUGAAAAGUAAUUUGACGGUUACAAUGAUACAGGAGAGAGUAAAUCUCCGCUGACAGCCUGCUCUACAAACUGUGAAACUACUGGAGUGUCGCUGGAACCGCUUUGCCAUGUCGUUACUGUGUGUCAGAGUGAAAAAAGCCGAGCUCCAUGGACUUCGAGACAAGUUCAACACCUACGUGACGCUGAAGGUGCAGAAUGUCAAAAGCACAACGAUCACAGUGCGGGGGGACCAGCCCUGCUGGGAACAGGAUUUCAUGUUUGAGAUCAACCGGCUGGACCUCGGCCUCAUUGUUGAGGUGUGGAACAAAGGCCUCAUCUGGGACACCAUGGUGGGGACGGCCUGGAUUCCUCUGAAGAGUAUCCAACAAUCAGAGGAGGAGGGUUCCGGUGACUGGAUCUGUCUGGAUGCGGAGGUCCUGAUGAAAGCGGAUGAGAUAUAUGGCACCAAGAACCCAACGCCUCAUCGAGUCCUGCUGGACACACGCUUCGAGCUGCCUUUUGACAUCCCAGAUGCUGAGGCACAGUACUGGACAGGCAAGCUGGAACGCAUCAAUACCAUGAGAAUCGAUGAUGAGUACCCUCUUCAGGAUGACGUUCAGAGUCGCCCACUGCCAUUUGCGGCCUCCCAGUGCUGCAACUAUUUCGGAUGGGCUGACCCACUGACUCUGGAUGACCAGGACAGCGCUGUCGACGACCGGGAUAGUGACUACCGCAGCGAGACGAGUAACAGUCUGCCUCCGCGUUACCACACAACGGCUCAGCCCAACUCCUCCAUGCACCAGUAUCCCAUGGGGCCUCGGCAGCAGCAGCAGCACCAGCACCACCCAGACUCCUGCACAGACUCUGUCCACAGUUUGGACCUGGACUACAGGGACCAGAGAGGAACCAGAUCAUUAAACCAGAAAGGAAGAGUCAAAAUUAUACCUGUAGAUUCUGGCAUGGGUGUUGAAGAUUGGGAAAACAAAUACAAAGGGCAGGGCAAGCCCCAGCUGAGUGCCUUUUUGGAUGAUGAGGAAGACAAUGUUAUCUUUCGAAUGGGAAGGCCCUACCCUGAGCCAUCACACUCCUCUAUACGUCUACAUUCUCAACGCACUGGUUUUCAGCCUGCCACCUACCCUGAGGGCUAUGAAACUAUUGAUCGGCGGCGUAAGAAAAAGAUAAGGGACCCAGGAGGGUUGCUUAGUACAAAGGCAGACAAAAUGAGAGAAGAGGCUUUUCCUUCUGACCUUGAACUCCUCCGUGAGAAGAGAGGGGAGCUGUUUAUGCGGCAGGUAGUUGAGAUGCAGCAAGAGGAGGAGCAUAUGACAUCAUGCCUCAGGCCAUACCAGAAUGGGCUUCUCUACAAGACAAGGAUGUGGGCGAAAAAUGAGCUAGACAACACUUUGGAGAAUUAUGUGGCAUACAAAAAAGAGCAAGAUGCUAGAAUGAGGGCACAGUUUGAUUUUGAUUUAGAGAGCUCUGAGGAUCUGCACUUCUCUAUAGGAGCAGAUGAGGAUAUUGAUGACAUCGCCUUUAUAGCAGACGACUUUCACCCAGAGAAAGCAAGACAUUACAAAGACAGGUAUUCUUUAUCCUGUGACACAGAAAAUUCUCAAGGUCCUCGAGAGAAGAAGUAUGGAAAAGCUAAACUUGGAGGAUGGGCUCCGGAGGCAAUGCUCUCUCCUGUAGAGGAACCAAGUGAUGAAUACGUAGACCCUAUGGAUGAGCUCCAGUGUCUAGUUGAAACAGUUUCUGAAUACCUUGCUGAAAAAGAGGAGGAAAUUAGCAAGUAUGGUUCCCUUCCUAAAUCAAGCAAAUCUAGGCUAUCAUCUCUGGGUAGCAAUAGAACUGAUUCUUUUGGAGAGGACCAAAAUAGUUCAUCAAAGGAUCCUAGAGGAGAACCCCAUUCACACACUCCUUCGGAUCAGGGCAUUUUAGGAGUAAAAAGUGCCAUGAGCUCAUUAUUUAGUUCUCUCACUGACAGAGUUGGAGGAGGCCCCAAACAGCCUGUCCCAUCUCCCCAAGCACCAUCUACACAACCCUCCAACCAAGCUGGACUUACAAAACUGUUGUCCUUUAUUCCUAAAUCAAAUAGCUCAGCUCCUGUAGCUGUUAUAUCUCCAGUAGAAAGUUAUCAUGAAAAAUCAUUAAGUUCUUUGCCUUCUCAGCCACCACAUGUUGCCAAGACACAAGGCCAUAAUCAAGAAACAAACACUCAAACAAGUACAAAGGAAGAUGCACUCAAGUUUGUAACCAAUCCUCAAAGUGCUCCAGGAAACUCAGUCUUAGGAAAAUUUAAUCCUUUAAAGCUUUUUUCAGCAGGGAAUAAUGAAAACUCAACUGAACAGGCACCAACGUCAACAUCUUCUCAAGGCCAUACACAGUGGCAUGAGAAAUGUGGUUAUCAAGGUAAAGAGUCAAUGACAGCAGAACGAGAAGACAAAUCCGAAAAAGUAAGAAGUUCAUCGCAAGCGAAAAAUUGGAAACAAACGCAAGAUGAAAAUGUCAGUGGCGGAACAAAUCCAAUGAUUUACAAACAAGAAAAUGUGCCUAUUCCAGCAAGGUCGACUGGCCAAGCACAAUCAGCAAGCACUGGAUUCUUUAGCCCUUUCAAGAAAUCAUUGAGUUCAUUGAUCACACCUGCUGUCCCCUUUCCGCCCCAGGGAGCUCCACCUGUGGCAGUUUAUCCAGUAUUUAGGUCCACAGAGGAUCCCCAACUAGAGAGACCGUUGGAGGACCCAUUAUUGAGCAGUAAGCUGAAACUUCCUUUCCUUUCCUCUGAAAAUGUCUCCACUCAGCAACAUUUCAAGACAGAGGGAGGCAUGCUCUCUGGUUUCUUAAAGUUUGCAUCCAGUGAAGAUGUUAGUGCCUCCUUGAACACACAAAAUCCUGUGCAAUCGUAUCAUGAUUCAACUUCAGCAACUUCCACUACUUUUACACAGACUUCUACUGUGCCCCAGGAAAACACUGAGAAAGGAUGGUUUUCCAGCAUAUUUAACCCUACCUCAGUUCCCUCUGGUUCGAACCAGAAUUUAACCAGUGAUCAGCAAUGUCAGAACAGCAAAGUGCCAUGUGGCUCACAUGCAGGACACACAUCAUAUCAGAAACCUAUAGCCACCCCUCAUGGAACGCAGCAUCAAGCUCCCAAUCAGCCUGAAUCACAAAGUUUUUUGACAGGUCUUUUUAAAGGGAGCUCGACUGAGGACAUGGGCUCUACUCAACCCAAACAAGCAGGACUGCUAUCUGGACUUCUUAAAUUUGGCUCUACCAGUGACCUAUCUGGCAAUUUGCCACAGCAGGCUUCCCAUAACAAUCAACCACCCAGGAGCAGUAAUCCCCCACAGUUUCCUAAUCACCUUCCCCCACAACAAAGUUCUUCAGUACCACGGAUUGGAGGCCUUGUCUCAGGGCUAUUGAAGUUUUCAUCAACAGAAAAUAUACCCCAAAACGUACAGCCUUCUGAAGCUGAAAAGCAGGGGAACAUCCCUGGAAAUUACUCUUGUCAGCAGCAGACUUCAGAUGAAACUCAGCAAACGCAAUCACAGCAAAAGGGGCUGUUGUCUGGCUUGUUUAAAUUUGCAUCCUCUGAGAAUGUUUCAAGCAGCCAAACAUCGCAGCACCAACAAAGCAGUGUUCAACAUAAUCAAGAGGCUUUCAACCAACAGAAUACUCAAGGUCCAAACCAAGGGCCUCAUCUCAAGAAUAGAGCAUCAAGUCAGCAAGUUGUCCAACAGGAGACGAGUAAACCAGGCUUUACUCGACAGCAAACAGUUCCACUCCAGCGACCACCAUCCCAACCAAGUGGUCUUUUAUCUGGUCUUUUUAAAUUUGCUUCAGCCGACAACAUAAAUGCACAACAACACCAAUCAGCUCAACAGCACGGAAUUAUGCCAAGUAAAUCCAGCCAUGAGCAACCUUGGGCAAGUAAUAUACCAAUUUCCAACCAAAACCAACCACAAAACAGCUCAACACAAAAAACAACUCAAGCAAGUCUGCUUUCUGGAUUAUUCAAAUCCUCCUCAGAAAAUAUGGCUCAACAGCAGCAGCCCAAAGUCAUUCAUGACACACAACAACAAAUCCAAGUGCCAAGCAGCCAGACUGCUGAAACACAGGUGGAGACAGCAAGUCAAUCUGGAGUGCUCUCAGGGUUGUUUAACAAGUUAACAAAAUCAUCUGAAAACAUUACCUCAACCUGUCAGACAUCAACAAGACAAUCGCUGCAUCAAAAAGCCAAUAAUUACACAGUCGCUAUGACAACCCCACUACAAAACCAGUUGCACACUAAUGUAACACAACAAUCCUCACAAGAACAUGCAGAGAAAGAGGAAAGAAAGAGAAUUCUGCGACCUGCCCAGCAAGGGUUUUUAUCUGGACUGUUUAGCAAAAAUGUAACUGAGGACCCUUGUACUCCUAAACAUGUAGAAACUUCAGGUCAGAUUACAGCACAGACACCCUCAAAUAAGUUCACAGAGUUAAAUUCAGGCAUAUUUAAAUGUGCUUCCUCAGACUUUGGACGGGACAGCUGUCAAAGAGUUGUCCAAUAUUCUCUCAAUCCAGGACAAAGCAGACACGCUUUAAUCAGUGCACCUGUCUCAAUUAAUACAGAGAGUUUAGACUUAAGAACAUCAGCUACUUUUGCAAGAUCUCUUCAGAGUCAAGCAACAUACUCCUCAAUUAGCACGGGUAAUGUAUCUCAGUUAAAUUAUUCUGGCUCACUUCAGUCAGUUCCCCCAAUGUCUUAUAGUACAGGAAAUAUCCAUUCCCUUUUGCAAAGCCAUACACCUUUCUCAGCAAUCAACAUGCAGCCAUUUAUUGGUGGAAGCACUUCAUCCUUGUAUGGAGCAACAGAGCAAAGCUUUUACCAUGGUCAGUUGUCCCCUUAUGGAACAAGUCCCUCCUACGAUGAAAACCAGUGGAUCCGUGAAAGUGCUCUCUGGCAGCAGUUUCAGAAUGAGUCACUGAAUUAUCAAUUCCAGGCAGAGGAUGAAGUGUAUAGCCAGAGCUGUGAAGGUAUGUCAUUACAGGCAUCUGCUUUUCCCUGCAGCUCCUCAAAUACAUAUCAGCCAUUUAACUCUUCCACACCAUGGCAAGGUGUUGUUUGCCAAGAGCAAAUUCAACCAUAUCAGUUUGAGGGACAUGGGAAUGAUGAUCCAUAUCCCAAGAGGAAAUUAUGGAACAGCCAUGAAGACUUGGGAAACAUAAAAUAUUCACAUAAUGAGGAGGGUGCAUUAAACUUAACCAAUAAACAGAGUAAUGCAAAGUUUGGGAAAUGGCACUCGUUUAAUGAUGGCAGCACUUACAGCUUGAAUGGGGUUUCAUAUCAUGAAGGUUAUUAUGAGGAGACUGCACCAACCUUAUCUUAUUCGGCUAAUUGGCAAUAUGGAAUGGAUAAAGCAGUCCUACAAAAUGUUCAUACGGAUGGCAUUUUGCAUCAGAGUCCGUUUAAUUUUAAUAGACCAAUAGAUUCAAGCUGUCCCCCGAAUCCUAAAACUGUGACGGAAGACUCUCUGUACCUGGAAGACACCGAGUGGUAUCAGCAGUGGCUUGCACUUUUGGAGCAAGGAAUGUGGUGGCCAGCAGAAUAUGGUGACUGUGGCUACUUUGUUUACACAGAUCAUGAGUACAUUUAUGCCUUGCUUACAGAUGCAGCAGGCGAAUAUGUGUAUGCUUGUGCCCCUGAAGACGAGUCUUGGGGAAAUGCACAUAAAUUAGAUGGUUUUCCCAGUGCUUGGCUAAACAGUGAAAUGGUUUCAGUGUGUGGCUUUAAAAUUCCACUUUACAAUGAGGAUGAGCUUCUUUGGCUACCUGGUCAAGAUCAUGGUGAUUCUCAGCUUCUUAAUGCCCCCCUAGAUUUGUCAGCUGCCUAUAGAAAAGGAAAUCAGAUCAUGAAUUUAAAUCUUGAGCAGUUUUCUCAAAUGUAUGAAAAUUCAUUUCUGUCACAAGGGCAACAAGGUGUAGAUUUCACAUCUUACAGAUUAAACAAAGUCAGAAUAGAUCCAAGACAGCACAGUUAUAUCAAUGAAGACCAAUGCAAAGAUGUUAUUGACCUUUCCUGUCGUAAUAAAGACACCACCGCCCCUUAUUGGAACAACCAGGAAAUUAAGACAUUUCUUGCUCAAAAGGUUGCUGUUUCCCUAAACACUUCGACUGCAAAUUCCAAUCAACAGCUAUUUCACAACUGUUACCAGCCUUGCCAACGGCGGCGUUCAUCCACUGGAGUAACAGUGAAGCAUGUAGAUGAUGUAUCAGAGAAUGAAUGGAGGGAGAGAGUUUCUCCAGGAGAAGAACUACCUAAUCGUCAAGUCAAAAAUAUUUCUUCCCUCAUCUCCUCUUUUGUGGGCAAAACAUCACAGGUAGAGUUAAACAAAACUAGCAUAUCCUCCUGUGAUAAAGCUCCUGAUAAAAAUUCAAAGAGCAUUCUUGCAUCAGGUUUCCAAAGCCUAAAGUCAAAGAUCAUCAAAGAGGAAUCUACUGCUGAUGUGACACAGCCAGAUUUAAUUGUUAAACAACAAAUUCAGGCACCAGCUACCACACAGAAAAUAAUUUUGCCCACAGUACAAACAACUGCUCAAGUGAUUCACCCCUCAAUUCAGUCACAUACAGCUUCACAGAAACCUAGGCUUUCACGUCAGACUACCAUGGUACAACAAGCAACCCCACAAACCCAGCCCAGUGUCCCAGCGCCUUUAGGAUCAAAAGAAUAUUUUAUUAAACCUGGACCGCCUGGACAACUUACAGCUGGGAAGCCAGUGGAUACACCAGUGGAGAAACCAUCUGAACAGCAGGCAGGCUUGAUGAACUUUCUGAAAUCUGCAGUGGGAAUAGAAGAAUCCAUGCCAGAUCCCCAGAAAGGUUCUCAGACAUAUACCAAUGAGCAGAGCAAAACUGGCAGCACUGCUUCUUUACCAGGCAAUGUUCCUACAAAUAAAGAGGCUACAGGAGUGUCAAAUCUCUUUGGAUCAAUUAGCAGCCUAUUUAGUUCUGAACCAUCUCCACCACAGAAACAGCAAAUGAAACCUAGUGUUACAGAGGGUUCACUGACAUCAGUAUCUAGAGCUAAGGUUAUACAGAGACAAAAAACAAUGGACCAAAGUGGUACCUCACGGCCCACACAAAGCCAAACUCCAAACAAAAGUAUAUCCCAAGCAUUUUCUGACAGUUCUUCCACCGUCCCUGCUACAAGCCGAUCAGAAACUGUGCGAGGUACAGAACAGACAAAACAUGAAGCAGGAACUAAACCAUCUGGUGGACUGUUUGGAUUUUCAAUUGGAGAAAUGCUGACAGGAUCAACAGCAGCUGCCCAAUCUGGACCCACACCACAAUCAUCUGCAUCAGCUACAGCUCCACAAGAAGAAUCACUCGGUAAAAGUAUAUUGUCAAUAUUUGGUGGGCCAAAUCCUCCGCAGGCUGCACCUAAAACUGGGCCUUUGCCACAGACACAUCCACCAAGUGCAGCUCCACAACCUUCUCAACAGGAAUCCCUUGGUAGAAGUCUAUUAUCAAUGUUUGGAGGAUCAAGUCCUUCUGAGCCUCAGCCUCCCCCUCAAACCAAGCCUGUUGCUGAGGUACCACAACAGGGAACUGUUCCACCAAAAGACCCCCCAAAUACAGGAUUCUUUUCAAUGUUUGGUGGUCCCAGCCCCCAACAGCAACCCCAAACAGGAUCUCUUUUAGGGGGGAUUCUGCCUGGGUCAUCAAAUUCAACUGAAAGCCCAAUGAAGGGACUGUUGUCAAUGUUUAGUGAUCCCAGUCCCCCACAACCUCAGCCACCAACAUCGUCAUCGAAACAAAGAGUGGCCCAAUCACAAACUCAACUACAAGUGGAACUUCAGACACAAUCUAAACAAGAAACACAGCCUGAAGCCACCUCUGUUCUUGGGGGAAUAUUCGGUGGCCUGUCUACCUCUAAUGAAAGUCCAAGAAAAGCUUUGUUCUCCAUGUUUAGUGGCUCCAGUACUCCUCAAACAUCAGGAACUGGGGGAAGUGCACAUGUAUCUACUCCCCCAGUGACUGCAGCACCCAAAGAACCUGCAAAAAGUAUACUCUCUGUUUUUAAUGAUAUUGUGUCACCUCCACAACAAACUCCUUAUUCAUCAUCAGCUAUUGUUACUGAUACUAGAGAGCCACCAGCAGCACAAGGUUCUUCCCAAAUGUCAUCUGUUUCUAGUAGCCAUUUGCCUGUGGCAGCGGCUACCAGUGAAAUACCAAGUGAAGUGCAUGUUAGCCCAUCCACUGAUACUACUGUAGAUACUACAUAUCUUGCAUCCAUGAAGUCAAAUUCAGAAUGUGUCACUGUUGAAAAGGAAAUGAGCACAGAAGGUGCUCCCCAAGAUCCUACUUCCUCAAAAGAACCACCAGCUUCUGGCCUUCUGUCGAUGCUCAGUGGAUCAGGCCCAAAUGCUUCAUCACAAGCAGGAUUAAUUUCAGACAGUCCAGCAAAAGGUUUGCUUUCAUUAUUUUCUGGCCCAAGCACUGAACAUAGUUCUAGCCAGAUAGGUCCUACACCUACAGGGUCUGCCCCAGGAUCAUCAGGCCCAAAGGACCCAUCAGCCAAAGGCUUGUUGUCUCUGUUUGGAGGUUCUGCUCCUCAGUCAUCUUCUCAGCCUGGAAAUUCUCUAUUAGGAUCAAUGUUUGGAGGCUCUUCACCCCAAACAACAGGUUCUCAAACAGGGGGGUCAUUACUUGGUGGUUUAUUUGGGGGAUCUACUCCUCAGGCUGCUCCUCAAGUUGGCCCCGCUAAGAUUGGAGUAUCUGCUCAACAGACAGCAGGCCCUCAGGCAGGAGCAUCCUUACUCGGAGGGUUAUUUGGUGGAUCUGCUUCCCAGGCUGCUGGAUCUCAGACUGCAGGGUCUAUUUUGGAUGGUAUUUUUGGAGGAUCAACAGCUUCAACAGCAGCACCUCAGACUAGUGGGUCCUUUGGUGGAUUGUUUGGUGGGGCUGCUACCCAAACUUCAGCACCCCCAAAUAGUAGCUCUAUAUUGGGAGGUAUUUUUGAAGGAUCAUCUUCUCAAACAGCUCCCGCACGGACUGAUACAUCUCUUCUGGGUGACAUUUUACCUGGAGCUUCAGCUUCUAAUGAGACACCUGAUAAAAGUUUGCUUGGUAUGCUCAGAGGAUCUAUUCCACCUGCAACACCUACUACAACAGAUAUACCAAAAUCCAAUGAUGCCAAGAAAACUUCAACUACAGCUCUAACCCACAGUUCUUCAGAUAUUCUACCAAAACCUAGUGAUGACAAUAAAACUGCUCCAGCUCUUACUGGUCCUGAAAUGUCUUUACUUGAUACUGCUUCCAAAAGCAAAGAGCAGCCAGGAACACUACAGCGGCCUGAGAGUACAGUGCAGUGUCUUGAGGCAAGUUUACCCAAAACUGAUGGCAAUGUCACAGACGUUCAUUGCCAAAAUGCUGACAAGCCAACUACUUUAGCUAAUGAUAUUCAUUCUAAAGAAUCUGAAAUCUGUGCAGAAGCACAACAACAUGCAAGAAAAGAGCUUGUGAGUGGCCAGCCAAGUAUAGAUACAAUACCAACUAAAGUAGAAGAGGAAACACCAGCCACUCAGUCAGCCAGUACUGUAGUCCAUGGACAACAAAAGCCUCCAGAGCCAGAAAAAUCUCUUGGCGACUCAGCAGCAGAUGCAGUUACAGGCUUUAUGUCCUCCCUUUUCAAACCAACAGUUCCUCCCACUGACGGUCCUCAGCAACAGCAGAAUAACUCACUUUUUGGAGGAAUGGCACCCCAAGGUGCUACUGGUCAGAGUGGAGCAUCACUAUUAGGGGGUAUUUUUGGAGGGUCCAACACUGAGUCACCAGCCCCCCAGACUGGGGGAUCAUUACUAGGAGGUUUAUUUAAGGGGUCUUCUCCUCAGUCUGGUUCUCAAACCACAGCCCCCACCACUGGAGGGUCAAUGUUAGGUGGGAUGUUUGGAGGAGGAUCAACUGCCAAGUCUGUAGGUCCCCAGACUGGUGGAUCGUUACUGGGUGGUAUGUUUGGAGGAUCUGCAGCAACAGCACAGCCUGGUGGUUCUUUACUUGGAGGAAUGUUUGGAGGAGUCACUGCUCAUACUGCAGGAUCACAGACUGGAGCAUCAAUACUUGGGGGCAUAGGCGGAUCUUUUUUUGGGGGUAUGGGACAACCACCUAAGCCAUCUGAAACGAUGCCAGCUGAACCAAAGCCAAUGCAUGGCACUACUCCACAGUCACAGAUUAAGAAUGAAAGUGUGACACCAAACGUUUCUCCAUCUGGCACUGGAACUAGCACAGAUAAAAUGGUGGACUCAACUCUACCAGAUAACAAGCAAGUUGAAUCUGGUAGCCUAACAAGUAGUAGUGCGAUGGCAUUUGAGGCAGUUUGUAUAGAAACCUCUGCUGUCUCAAGUACUUCAAUGAGCACUGCAUGUGAUCCCACCCAUCAAGUAGAAAACACUGAAAAAACGAAACCAGCUGUUGAUGGAGAGAUUAUACAUGAGAAGCCCAUAGUCAUUAAAGGAGACCCUGAAAGUAAAGGAAGUGACGAAACAGUCCCACCUGAAACCCAAGAAGUAGAGACUCCUAUAGCUCAUCCAUUUAAUCAGUUGCCCAACAAUGAAGAGCCACCUCAAGCUAAGUCUCUGUUUGGUUUUAUGUCAACACAGAGUGAUGCAGGGAAAUCUCUUGGAUCCCUAUUUUCAUCAACAACAUCAUCAGGUGCGCCAUCAAUGCCUCAAACCGAAGGAGUGAGUGGUCUGUUUUCAGGAUUAAAAGCCUUUUCUGGAGGCUUAUUUCAAGAGGAAAAAUCUGUUGCCGGAAAACAAGAGCCACCCUCCACUUCGUUAUUUGGAACAAAAAUAGGUUUUCCUUGGCAGGCAGAGCCACCCAAGCCACAAGCUGUCCCAGUUGUAACAUCUCAACCCAAAACUAACAAGCCAACAAGUGGUCAAACACAUACUGUACAAAAGUUUGCAACAUCUGAUGCCCAAAAAACUGAAUCGGUAGGUUCCACAGAUGAUAUAGCAAACCCCCAGAUUUGCAUCUCCACUCCUGAAGUAGAUCCUUCAGCCUCCCUGUUCCCAAAGGAGAAGGAAGGGCUUGUAGAAACAUACCCCUCUGCAGGUCCUACCUCUGGAGUGCAGCUGGACAACCAGUGCAAGAAGGAUCAGUUGAAUACAAAAAGUCCAGUGGAUAGUAGUCGCUUUGGGUCAUCGGGCAACCUGAGCCAGACCAGCUCCCAGCUUAGUGAGACUGGCCAGGAGAGUACUGGAGGGUCAGAACUGGAGGAGUCCUUCCACUCCUACCACAGUACCAGCUUUCACCCCUCCACCAGUGGGCAACCACGCACCAGUGAACAUCCUCCUACCAGUGGACACUCUUCUGUCGGUGAGCAGGAGAUACAGAGGCUGUCCCCUAAAGUAGGACAAGGCCUGAAAAAAGGGUCCUCUAAACUCCUAAGGUUCCAUGAUGAUGGGCCACCAUUACCCUUCUCCCCAUCCAGAGUUCGUUGGUUAAAGGCCAUCAAUAAAGUCAGGGUUCAGCUCCGUGAGGUUCGAGAUGAAGAUCCCAAUGUUAGACAAGCCUGGGUCCAACCAGGUGGCGGAUCUGGUCUGUAUGGAAUUGACAGCAUGCCAGACCUGCUUAAAAAGAAACCUAUCCCCCUGGUCAGCGAUGUGGCUAUGUCUCUUGUCCAAGCCAGGAAGGCAGGGAUUGCAUCUGCCAUGGCUGCACGGUCCUCAAUCAAAGAUGAGGAGCUGAAAACCCAUGUGUACAAAAAGACACUGCAGGCUCUCAUCUACCCCAUAUCCUGCACCACACCACAUAACUUUGAGGUGUGGACUGCCACUACACCCACAUACUGCUAUGAGUGUGAGGGGCUGCUGUGGGGAAUAGCCCGCCAAGGCAUGCGUUGCUCCGAGUGUGGGGUCAAGUGCCACGAGAAGUGCCAAGAGCUGCUGAAUGCUGACUGUCUACAGCGUGCUGCAGAGAAGAGCUCUAAGCAUGGAGCCGAAGACCGGACCCAGAACAUUAUCAUGGCCAUGAAGGACAGAAUGAAGAUCAGGGAAAGGAACAAACCAGAAAUCUUUGAACUGAUCAGGGAAGUGUUUAUCAUCAGCAAAGCCAUCCACGCGCAGCAGAUGAAGACCAUCAAGCAGAGUGUACUCGACGGCACCUCAAAGUGGUCGGCCAAGAUCACCAUCACAGUCGUUUGUGCCCAAGGACUUCAGGCAAAGGACAAGACAGGAUCCAGCGAUCCAUAUGUCACUGUUCAGGUGGGCAAGACCAAGAAGAGAACCAAGACCAUUUAUGGCAACCUCAAUCCUGUCUGGGAGGAGAAGUUCCACUUCGAGUGCCACAAUUCCUCAGACCGAAUUAAAGUGCGCGUGUGGGACGAGGAUGAUGACAUCAAGUCGAGGGUAAAGCAGCGCCUGAAGAGGGAAUCUGAUGAUUUCCUGGGCCAGAGUAUAAUUGAAGUUCGAACGCUGAGCGGAGAAAUGGACGUCUGGUAUAACCUGGAGAAGAGGACGGACAAGUCGGCCGUGUCAGGUGCCAUUCGCCUCCAAAUCAACGUGGAGAUCAAAGGAGAGGAGAAAGUGGCUCCGUAUCACGUCCAGUACACCUCUUUGCAUGAGAACCUGUUCCACUACUCGACGGAUAUGCUUGGCCAAGGUGCGGUGAAAAUCCCGGAAGCUCGUGGAGAUGAUGCCUGGAAAGUCUACUUUGACGACGUGGCCCAGGAAAUAGUGGACGAGUUUGCCAUGCGCUAUGGGAUUGAGUCAAUCUACCAGGCCAUGACGCACUUUGCCUGUCUGUCGUCUAAGUACAUGUGUCCCGGGGUUCCUGCAGUGAUGAGCACCCUGCUGGCCAAUAUCAAUGCCUUCUACGCCCACACAACCGCCUCCACCAAUGUGUCCGCCUCCGACCGCUUUGCUGCUUCCAAUUUUGGGAAAGAACGCUUUGUCAAGCUGUUAGACCAGCUACACAACUCCCUGCGCAUUGACCUCUCAACCUACAGGAACCACUUUCCUGCCAGCAACAAGGAUCGCCUGCAGGAUUUGAAAUCCACCGUGGACCUUCUAACCAGCAUCACCUUUUUCAGGAUGAAGGUCCAGGAGUUACAGUCUCCGCCCAGAGCCAGCCAGGUGGUGAGGGACUGUGUCAAGGCCUGCCUCAACUCGACGUACGACUACAUCUUCAAUAACUGCCACGAGCUGUACAGCAGACAGUACCAACCUAUUGACACAAACAAGGAGGAGCUCCCUUUGGACGAGCAGGGUCCGAGCAUCAAGAACUUGGACUUCUGGCCCAAACUCAUCAUGCUCAUCGUCUCCAUCAUUGAAGAGGACCGAAACUCCUACACACCUGUGCUCAACCAAUUCCCCCAAGAACUGAACGUAGGGAAGGUGUCAGCGGAGGUCAUGUGGACAUUGUUCGCUCAGGACAUGAAGUACGCUAUGGAGGAGCAUGAGAAGCACAGGCUGUGUAAGAGCACCGACUACAUGAACCUGCACUUCAAAGUCAAGUGGCUCAACAAUGAAUAUGUCAAGGAGCUGCCAAACUUCAAGGGCGUCGUUCCCGACUACCCAUCAUGGUUCCUACAGUUUGUGCUACAAUGGUUGGGGGAAAAUGAGGACGUAUCUAUGGAGUUUAUGCAUGGAGCCCUAGAGAGAGACAAAAAAGACGGAUUCCAGCAGACGUCUGAGCAUGCUCUGUUCUCGUGCUCUGUGGUGGACAUCUUCACCCAGCUCAACCAGAGCUUUGAGAUCAUCAAGAAACUGGAAUGUCCCGACCCUAACGUCAUGGCUCAGUACAGUCGCCGCUUCUCCAAGACUAUUGCCAAAGUUCUUCUCCAGUACAGCGCCAUUCUGACCAAGAGUUUUCCGACUUAUGUUGACAAGGAGAAGAUUCCAUGUGUCCUGAUGAAUAAUGUGCAGCAGUUAAGAAUCCAGCUGGAGAAGAUGUUUGAGUCGAUGGGUGCCAAACAGCGCAACAAUAGAAUGCUAGUGUGGCAGUUUGAGGAGAGUGAGGAGCAGGAGGAGGAGGAAGAAGAAGUAGGGGAGGAAGGGGAGAAAAAUGAGGUUGAGGCCGACCUGGAGAAGACGGAUGAACCAGUAGACAAGACCGAAAACGCAUUUGAAGACAAGAAGUUGGAGACUGCUGGUUUAAAGAUGGACGCUGAGGCCAGUGACUUACUGAACGACCUGCAGGUGAAGCUGAACAAUGUGCUGGAUGAGCUCAGCAGUACAUUUGGGAACAGUUUCCAGAGCCAUAUCAAUGAUUGUAUGCGACAGAUGGCGUCUCUGCUGUACCAGAUCAAAGGGCCGCUCAACGCCAACAACAAAAACCAGGUGGACGCCGACUCUGACAACAUGCUACGGCCACUCAUGGAUUUCCUGGAUGGAAAGCUCACACUGUUCGCCACUGCAUGUGAGAAGACUGUAUUGAAGCGUGUGCUCAAGGAGCUGUGGAGGAUCGUAAUGAGCAGCCUGGAGAAGACUAUUGUCCUGCCACAGGGCAACGAUACCUUUGGAGCACAGAUUCUCUCAGCUGCAAAAGAACUGGGUCAGCUCUCCAAACUCAAGGAUCACAUGGCGGGGGAGACUAAAAGCCUGUCUCCCAGGCAGUGUGCUGUCAUGGAUGUGGCACUGGACACUAUCAAGCAAUACUUCCACGCGGGAGGCAACGGGCUGAAGAAGGCGUUCCUGGAGAAGAGCGCCGAGCUAUCCUCGCUACGCCACGCUCUGUCCCUCUACACUCAGACCACCGACACACUCAUCAAGACCUUUGUGACCACCCAACAUGCACAAGUGCACAAUGGGAAGGGUAUUCGGUUAACUCCCAAUGAGAAAAUACAGCCCAGCAGGGGUUCGGGCGUGGACAAGCCAAUAGGUGAGGUGUCUGUCCAGGUUGAGCUGCACACUCAGCCUGGGAAUGGGGAGCGGAAAGUUACUGUCAAAGUCAUUGGAGCCAGUGAUUUAAAAUGGCAGACGUCAGGCAUGUUCCGACCCUUCGUGGAGGUCUCCGUGAUCGGGCCUCACCUCAGCGACAGGAAACGCAAAUUCCAGACCAAAUCCAAGAAUAACAGCUGGUCUCCCAAGUACAACGAGACCUUCAGUUUUGUCCUGGGGAACCAGGAUGGCUUUGAGUGCUACGAGCUGCAAGUCUGCGUCAAAGACUACUGCUUUGGCCGCGCAGACAGCGUGGUCGGCUUGGCCGUGAUGCAGUUAAAAGACAUCGCGGGGAAGAGCACCUGCGCGUGCUGGUGCCCGCUCGGCCAACGCAUCCACAUGGACGACACGGGCCUCACCGCCAUGCGAAUUCUCUCGCAGCGCUCCAACGACGACGUGGCCAAGGAGUUUGUGAGGCUGAAAUCAGAGACUCGUUCGGCCGAGGAGGGCAGAUGAGGGGAGCUGGAGACGGACAGAGAGAUUGAUGAAAGGAUGGACGGGUCUUCUGAUCCCACAACAAGAGAGGGAUCUCACAGACAGAUGUAUUUUCCGUCUUUCUUAGACCUUUGAUGUGUCUUAGCUGCUAGUUGACUGUUUUGGUGGCGCCUUGCCAAGCUCACCGACAGACUGUCACGUUCACACUCUGGGUAUUUCGGACAACCGCUCCCUUUCCAUGUUCCUCCAACACUCACAUUAUAUACCGAGCUACUGUACAGCACCCAACCACACACUCACCAGCUGUUUUUCGCCAGGCAGUGACCGACUACUCUGUCCGUUAACCUUUUUUAAACCCCUUCUUCCUCAUCAGUUGGAGUGGCACCGUGUGCACACCACAGCCUCAGGGGAACAGAGGAUGCCAGGCCCCGCUGGAGGGCCAAACAUGUUCCCACACCUCCCCAGUGUUGUUGUGCAAUAACCCCACCUAAACCCCUCUAACCGUGGCCAUGUGUUUGAUGCCUUACACCCUGCAAACUGUGAAUGUGUGACGUAACAAAAAAAACAAAAAAGUCUUUUGAAGGCCCUAUUCUGUAGCUCCACUGUGAUUUACUCAAAGUAAAUGUGAAAACCCGGUGUGGUUUAUCUCAUCAAGGGGUCCUUUGUUUGAAAGAAUGGCUGGUAGCUAGGAGACAGUCCCAGUUCUCUGUCAGUCAUUUAUUGAACAGAAGGGGGAAGUGAAGCUGAUGAAAUAUUGUGCUUGUUUCACAAGUUGAUCCUGUACAGCUAAUGUUACAAGAGAAGGUACUUAAACUAAUAACCCUUAAUUGUACCCCUUAAUUUAAAGGAUUGAUCAGUUAAAUGUGUGCCUUGCCAUAUUAUUAUAUUCCCAGUUACUGUUUCCCUAGGAACGAUACUAGUGAUAUGAUCAGUAUAUAAUCAAAGUGGUAAAAUCAAGAAUAAUAAUGAUUUCAAUCAAAACGAGACCAACAGUGUGGACACUGUAUGUUAAAGGUGAACCCUGUUUUUGCCAUAUGUAUUUCUACGUAUAAGCUCCAUUGACAACACUCUUAAGUGUAACCAUGCAGGGUGCAGCCAUUUUAUUUAUUUUUUAUACAUAUUUAUUGUUGUCUGGGCUUUUCAAAGCCCACGAAUUUAAAAUGUUGUGUUUGAGGAUUUGCACAGCGGUUAGUCUGAAGGAGUUGUACGCAGAGACAGCAGUUCAACGAGAUGACUCAACGCCCUCAGAAUAAAGUGACAACCUAGUGUUCGUUUGGAAAUGAAUAACAUACUGUAGAUGGCGACCUGUGCCCUUGACUGACAACAGUGAUAACUGUCUAUUAGAAUUUUAAUUUUUAUAGUUAAGAAAUAUUACAUGUUGAACUUUUCAGGUAACAACUUUUACUUCCAAAAGAAAAAGGAUAUCUUAACACAACAUAACAUAAACACAAACUCCUCAGCUGCUGAGUUGAUAUGGAGUGUAGAAUUACUUUUGGUUUACAUAUAUGUUCCUGCUCGGUCUAUGAGUGUGGCCUUACUUUGGUGAAAAAACAAAAACAAAGUGUAUCUUUAUAAUCAUUUUUUUUUGUAUCCUUGUAUUUCCUUUGGCUCUCAGCAAUGAGGAUCGGCCACUUAUUUUCCCAUAACGAUGUCAAAUACGUUUUCCAAGUGAUGUUCCUUAUCAUUUUGUACUUUUCAUCUUUGAUGAUAUUGGAAACGUAACUAUAUCUAGGCUGGAUUUUCUUUUCAGUCCGUUAUAUUUUGUGUUUAUGCUUUUAUGUUUAUGUUAUGACGUUUUUUCCUUAAAUCCUCUUUAAUCGUUUGGAAUGAUGUCAGUCAAAUGAUGUUUUAUGGACGGACGUAAUAUACAAUGAGAUAUGUGCCAGUGAAUUUGUUCAUAAAACUGUUACUUUUAAUGAAGGAUAGAUAUUGCUAAGAACAUCAAUGUGUGCACAUUUUUAAACCGAUCACUCUGUAGAAACCACUUUGUUACAUCAUCCCUUGUGAAUACACGUUUCAUAGCCAUUCUUUGUUAUACAUGUUCCUUGUGCCAAGUUACAAGUUUUCAAUUUUGAUGUUUUUAUUUUUUAUUUUUUUUAUUUCUAUAUUUUCUAAAGUUGUUCACCCUGGCACCAUCACUAAAUCACUGCAAUAGUACAGUAUAUGAGUCACAGUAACUGCAUUUCUGUGGUGUUUUCUUGGUAAAAAUAUCUACAGUGGUAUACUCUGAAAUGUUGUCACCAUGUAAACAUUGCGAUGAGUGACUUUUGUAUAAAGUGUAUGGGAAGUAUCUAUA